CCUUUUCCCCCCGCCCCUCCCGGCGGUUCACCGACUAGUUGUGGAAAACCGGCUCCUCUCAGUUUUGACGUCACGCUCGCCCCCGAAGCACUUCGCCUGCUUCCGCCAGAGCCCGAGAAAGUGUUCGGCUCUUUUCGCCAAGUCUCGGGCUUUUCCGUCUUUUUCCCCGGGGUUCGGGGUUGCAGCUCUUUGCAAAGGGAGGCUUUUUGCAAAAGGAGGUCGGGAUCGCUCGGCGGCCAAAAGGGAACGGACCCCCUGAAAAGCGUCCCGCCUCCCCGAAAAAGAUUAUGCUGGUCACGUUUUCCCUCUGCUCCAUCGUCUGGUUGAGCCGGGGCUUCAAGUUGCGGGAGCGGGGCUGCACUUAAUCAUAAUAUCACAUCAGAUACUUCUCCGGGAGCCAUGGGCAGUGCCGAAGGGUUCCAGUACCGGGCCCUGUACCCGUACCGCAAGGAGCGGGAGGAGGACAUCGACCUGCUCCCGGGAGACGUGCUGGUGGUCAGUAAGGGGGCCCUACAGGCGCUGGGGGGCUUCCGAGAUGGGGACGAGGCCUUCCCGCACCGCGUCGGGUGGAUCCCAGGGGUCAACGAGCGCAGUCGGCAGAAGGGGGACUUCCCUGGCACCUACGUGGAAUACCUGGGGACUGUCCAGAUUGCCCUCCCAGCCCAGCGGCCCCGGAUGUCCCGGCCGCUGCCCGCCGCUCCUGGCCCGGAGGCAGGUCAAGGAAUGAUGCUUCCGGAGCUGUCGGAUCAGUUUGGGCCGCCUGAAGUGGCUCCGCCUCUGCUGUGCCGGAUGGUGGACGGCAUUGAGAAGAAAGGGCUGGAGAACAAGAUGCUCUACAGGACAUCUGGCUCUGAACUCAGGCAGGCGCUUCGAACUGACUGGGCGGCAGUGGCGGCUGGUGACCUGGAGGCCUCAGAUCCUCUUUCCCUUGGUGAUGCUCUCAAGGGCUUCCUUCAGGACCUCCCGACCCCCGUGGUGCCGGCCUGUACCCAGGUGGAGAUCCUGCGGGUGCUUCAAGAUGCGGCCCCGUCGCCGGACCUGUGCCGCCAGCAGCUUCUCUCGGUCCUGGAGGCCCUGCCCCAUCCGCACCUCCUCACCCUCCGGUUCCUCCUGCAGCACUUGGCCAAGGUGGCCGCCCAUGCCCAGAGCAACGGGCUCUGUCCCCUGACUUUGGGGGAGAUAUUUGGGCCCUUACUGUUACGGGGUGCUCCCUCUGCCAGUGCGGAGGCAGCUGCCGACUUCCCUGCAGUCUUCCUACAAACCCUUCUGCAGAACAGAGACUCAGAGCCCGACCUGCCCCCUCCAGCUCUACCUCCCAAGCCCCCCAAGCCAAAACCUGUGGCGGGACCCCUCCCCAAUGGCAGCAAUGGGACCCCCCUCCAGGACGCCGAGUGGUACUGGGGCGAUAUUUCCAGGGAGGAAGUGAAUGAGAAACUUCGGGACACACCGGACGGCACGUUCCUGGUGCGAGACGCCUCCAGCAAGAUCCAAGGCGAAUACACCUUGACACUUAGGAAAGGUGGCAACAACAAGCUGAUCAAGAUCUUCCACCGGGAGGGCAAGUACGGCUUCUCAGAGCCCCUGACCUUUGGCUCGGUGGUGGAGCUGAUCAACCACUACCGGCAUGAGUCACUGGCCCAGUACAACGCCAAACUGGACACCCGCCUCCUGUACCCCAUCUCCAAGUACCAGCAGGACCAAGUGGUGAAGGAGGACAGCGUGGAGGCAGUUGGGGAGCAACUGAAGGCCUACCACCAGCAGUACCAGGACAAGAGCCGCGAGUAUGACUUACUCUACGAGGAAUACACCCGCACCUCUCAGGAACUACAGAUGAAGCGGACGGCUAUCGAGGCCUUCAAUGAAACCAUCAAGAUCUUUGAGGAGCAAUGCCAGACCCAAGAGAAGUGCAGCCAGGACUACAUGGAACGCUUCCGGAGAGAGGGCAAUGACAAGGAGCUGCAACGGAUCCUGAUGAAUUCGGAAAAGCUGAAAUCCCGGAUCGCGGAGAUCCACGACAGCAAGAUGAAGCUGGAGCAAGACCUGAAACAACAAGCGAGUGAAAACCGGGAGAUCGACAAGCGAAUGAACAGCCUGAAGCCGGACCUGCUCCAGCUGCGCAAACUCCGGGACCAAUAUCUGGUGUGGCUGACACAGAAGGGAACGAGGCAAAAAAAAAUCAACGAAUGGCUCGGGAUCAAGAAUGAAACUGAGGACCAAUACUCCAUGAUGGAGGAUGAGGAAGAGCUGCCGCACCACGACGAACGCACGUGGUACGUGGGCAAAAUCCACCGCACUCAGGCAGAGGAGAUGCUGGCCGGCAAGCGGGACGGGACCUUCCUAAUCCGGGAGAGCAGCCAGCGCGGGUGCUACGCAUGCUCCGUCGUGGUGGAUGGCGACACCAAGCACUGCGUGAUUUACAAGACGGCCACGGGCUUUGGCUUCGCGGAGCCCUACAACCUCUACGCCUCUCUGCAGGAGCUGGUCCUGCACUACCGGCACACCUCACUCAUCCAGCACAACGACUCCCUCAACGUCACCUUAGCCCACCCUAUCCUGGCCCAGCAUCCCCCCAGGUGAAGGGAAUCUCCCCAAGACACAACGCCAAGACCAGUCCCUUUGCGAUCGCCAACCUUCCAAGUCCCUUCGCGGUCGCCGACCUUCCAAGUCCCUUCGCGGUCGCCGACCUUCCAAGUCCCUUCGCGG